GGGAAACGGAGGUAUUAUCACUUGGGAAAAGUACCUAUCCACCUGCGCGGAAAGUUAGAUCGAAGGAAGAAGAGAUAGAACCGGGUUUUUGUUCGAGGAAAUAAUGAGUUUGGCAAGACAAGUCUGGAUGUAUUGAAUAUGGAAAUAUGUAUUGUUACAACUGAAAUGUGAUCCAACACUGAAAUAAGAAAGACUGUGUUUAAAAGUUUCCUAGUUGGAUCUACAAAGCUAUGACAAUGAAGAACCUGAUACCGACGGCAUUGCUACUUGGUUUCCUGGCAACAAGUGUGCUGUCCAUCCAGGUGAUCGUUCCCGAGACGGAGAGGAGCACCGCACUCUUCGCUUCUGUCACCAUACGCUGUGACUACUCUACCUCCGCCAACCUGCAGGAUGUCCUGGUCACCUGGCGCUUCAAGUCCUUCUGCAAGGACCCAGUACUCGAGUUCUAUUCUACAGCCUACCAGGCGGCGCUCUCUCUGGGACAGGACCCCGCCAACGACUGCCCGGAUCGGCAGCGCACAGUCCGGACCGUCGUUCAGAAGAGGGGCGGGAACGAGCCCAUUCUCGGGGCCGAAUACCGGGAGCGAAAGAUCACCAUUCAGAACCGGGCAGACCUGGUCAUUAACGAGGUUAUGUGGUGGGAUAACGGGGUGUACUUCUGCUCCAUCGACGCUCCGGGAGACACUUCGGGGGACUCGGACCGGGAGGUCAAACUCAUCGUCUACCAUUGGCUGGUGGUGCUGUUCAUCGUCAUCGGGGCCCUGUUGCUGCUGAUGCUGUUCUUUAUCUGCUGCUGUCAGUGCUGCCCUCAGCACUGCUGCUGCUACGUACGCUGUCCCUGCUGCCCCCAGACCUGCUGCUGCCCCGAGAGAGCGGUGAUGCAGCACCGGAUGAUGAAGGACGCUCAGAAGGCCAUGUCUCCCUGGAUGCACGGCCAGCCUGUCUACGCCCCGAUGGGCUCCCACUCCUCCUCCUCGCAGAUGAACCCCCUCCUGUACUCUGAAUAUUCCAGCAAGCAUAACAUCCCCAUGGCUCCCAUGCCCAUGCCCAUGCCCCUGCCCCCUCCCCAGCCCGGCUACCCCCCCGGCAUGGCCCCCAGCAUGCUCGGCCACGAGAUGCCUCCCAGCAUGCACGGCAGCGGGCACGGGACACACCGCGCCCUGGACUACCUGGAGAGCCAGGUGCGGGGCAUGGAGAUGGGCACGCCCCUCCAGCAGCAGCCUCCGCCCCCACAGCACAUCCCCCCGCCCCCUCAUCACAUGCCGCAGGGCGUGCCCUUCUCAGCCGGACCGCCCAGCAUGCUCUCCUCCCUCAACGAGAUGGGCGUGCAGGGGGUGGAGCGCCGGGUCAUCCAGCUGCCGCCCAUCGUGGAGCGACCGGGCCACAACCAGAGGGGCCCCCGGGGCCCCCGGCCCCCCAGCAACUCCAGCGGGAGCUCAAGCCACCCGGGGCGUCGCCCCGGCCCCGGCCCCGGCCCCGGCCGGCGGGAGCAGUCCCCGGCCCGCCGAGGCAUCCUGCGCAGCUAUGGCGAGGAGUCGGACUUUGAGGACCGCCGGCGGGCCCCGGGGCCAGGGGCCGGGGGCCGGGUGCGCUCCCGUAGCCGUGACGACCUGCUGGGAGACCUGCACCGCCCCCCUCCCCGCCGGGACAGGAGCUACUCCCCCCCCCGCCGCCGGGACUCCUGGAGCUCUGAGGAAGACAACAGGAGAGGGGGGGGCGGGCGCGGCCGGGGCGACCCGUGGCCAGAGAAACCCCCCAGCUACAACUCCAUCGAAGUCCAGCCAGGGGCCCGCAGGCCCAACGGGGCCCGCAACGGGGCCGCCAGGAACAACGAGCGCUACUCUGACAAGAGUUCCCGAAGUGGCACAAGCGUGGUGAUUUAGGCUCAGAUCAAUCUCUACCUGCCCAGUUUUGCCAUCGGUUCUCUUUUUAAAUGUAAGAUAUGUGAGAAUGGCUAAUGGUUAGAUUUCUCUCAAAAGCUUUUAUCUGUUUUUGUAUUGAAAGUUUUUAGAGAAGAACUGAACUCUACUAUGGAGCCUGACGCUCUCAAUUCUGGCUGGGAUUCAUUGUAUCCACUGUAUAUCUUGCACUGUAAAUUUGUGAAAAAUGAAAUUGCACUUCACUGCUCCCUCUGCUGGUCAAUGCCUCUAACGACAAGACAAGUGCAAGACGAGAAUAUGGGUACGUCCAUAGUCAGGUGUGUCCCGAUACCAAAAAAAAGUAUCCUCCUUAUCUCCAUUCAUCUCCUCCUAUCUGGAAUUACGGGGAGAGGAGGCGAGUGGAGGAAAGGAGGACACAUCGUCCAAGUAUCGGGACACUCCCUCCGGGCAGGGCACGAGAGGGAAGAGGGAAAGAGCAGAAGAAGAGUGGGACAGGAUGUCUCCCUGAGUCUGAUGAAUCUGGUUGAGUUGGUGCAGCAGACAUCCUAGAAACAUUUGUGUAAUGUAACCAGCCACAUUGUUCAUUUUAGAUAUUUAAUUUGUGUAUUUUGAUACUGUUUUUUUUAUGCUGUGUAUUAUUUCCCCAUGUGACUCUGUGGCUGUGAUCUCACGGGGUGUGGUGGAGGUGUGAUUGUACAGGCCAGGCCAUCCAUCUUGGCUCUUAAGUUUUUGUAAACGGUGAUGAAUUAAUCAAUUAUUGUCAUGCUAGAGUGUUCUAAUCAAUUUGUUCAUUUUGUAAGUAACCGUUAAUGUAAUUAUAAAAGUUUUACUAUUUACCGUGAAUGGAGAAGGGACCAUUUUUUGGGUAUACAGGGUGAAUUGUCCCUGCUUUUCUAUUGGGUCGAUUUUAAAAUGGAUAGCAUUUAAAUUGUGUAUCUCAAAAUAUUUUAAGAAUAAAAGUCUUAUUUGUUUUGGUGUGGAACACCAUUUUUUUUAAAGGAAAUUGUAAAUAUUGUUUGAAGGAGGAACAUGUUUAUUCACAUGGUUUAUUCAAACCAACUGAUAAAACCAUUGAAAUGCAGGUGAGACAGUGAUGGAUGGAUACUAAUCUUGUGGAGGGAAUGUUUAAGGGGUUUGCUGGAGUGGCUAUGAAUCUCCCUCUUGGGGGAUCUGUUGAGCACUCCCAGUGAGACUGUAAUAAUGGUACUUGUGGUUGGAUAUUGGUUGGAUGUUGAAGUAAUCCUACCCAUUGUGAUGGAAAAAUAAACAUUUUCAAUAAAAUAAUUUGUUUCCUUGG